UGUGAGUAGCUUCCCUUUAGUGAUAACAUGGCGUCGUCCAGCUUUGCUAAAUCGUUCGGAUCAUUCGUUCCCAGCCCUUUGUGGGGAAAUGGUCCAGGUCCAGGCCAGUUUUACAGUUUUCCAGGGAACAGUACCUUGAAUCAAAAUACUGGCAGCCAAAGGACCUUAGCUCCAGCAGUGACAACAACAUCAGUCCUGGGCAUCAAAUUCAAAGAUGGUGUUGUGCUGGCAGCUGAUAUGUUGGGCUCCUAUGGGUCCCUUGCCAGAUUUCGUAACUGCUCUCGUCUGCUGAAUAUUAAUCAGCAGACAGUUCUUGGUUCUAGUGGGGACUUUGCAGAUUUUCAGUUCUUGACCUCUAUCGUUGAGCAGCGUGUAAUUGAGGAGGAGUGCCUAGAUGAUGGCUUCAAGUAUACUCCAUCAGGCUUACACUCUUGGCUCACACGUGUCCUUUACAACAGACGAAGUCAGUUCAAUCCUUUAUGGAACACAUAUAUUGUUGGAGGAAUGGAAGCAGAUAAACCAUUUCUAGGCUAUGUUAACAUGAUUGGAAUUGCAUAUGAGGCAGACACAGUGGCUUCAGGAUUUGGUUCAUACCUUGCAUUGCCUAUGCUUCGUGAUGCACUGGAGAAGAACAAGAACCUAGACGAGAAGCAAGCUGUUGAUGUAAUACAGCGAUGCAUGAAGCUGUUGUUCUACAGGGAUGCCAGGUCAUUCGACAAGUAUGAAAUUGCGAUUGUGACCAAAAAAGGAGCAGAGAUUCAAGGACCCCUGACAGUUGAAGCAAAUUGGGACAUAGCACAUGCUGUCUCAGGAUAUGAGUGAAACUUCACACUGAAGUUAUUUUAGCAACUUUAAGACAUUUAUUUGUAUUGACCAUCAGCUGUAUGUUAAUACCUUGUGUCAUGCUUCCUGUGAACAGUGAACUGGCAAGUUUCCUUUACUCACUAGGAUUAUUCCUUUCUUCCUCUCUGGGCUGUCUCACGGAACCAUAAAAUGUGGUACCAUAUGUAAAAAUGUCAUGUUAUACCUACAAUCAACAAGAACAUAGCAUCACUGAAAAUAUAUAGUUUUGAGUAAAUGCUGCUUGCAUUUUUUUUUUUUUUUUAGUUAUGCAGUUAAGCUUUGUCGAGGGCACCAUUCAUUUAUCCCAGACAAUGAGGGUACCAUUUUGGGUAAUCACAGAGUAUUUUGCAGGGAAUCUGUUUUUUAACUGGGGAGGAAGGUAUUUUAAAAUAUUGAUUUAUAUUUAUAUUGUGAGAAUUUCAGUUAUAUUAAAAAAUUUAAAGUUGAACACAACAGUUUGGAAAGUCUGAUCAUCUUUAAUAAACCAUAUGAUAAAACU